AUGGGGACCAACAACUUCACCUCUACGGCAGAUUUUAUCUUGGUGGGACUCUCCAGUGACCGCAACACUCAGAUUCUCCUCUUUGUACUCAUUCUCCUCAUGUACAUCUUCAUCCUGGUGGGAAAUCUAGGGGUCAUCAUGCUGGUCCGAUUGGACCCCCACCUCCACAAACCCAUGUAUUUUUUCCUCUCACACCUUUCAAGUGUGGAGAUCUGGUUUGUCACCAGCAACAUACCCCAGAUGUUGAAUCACCUUCUUACAGGCCGGCCAGAAUUGUCCUUAAUUCGUUGCGCCUUACAGAUGUACCUGUCUUUGUCUCUGGGUUCUGUUGAAGCCCUUCUGCUGGGAGUCAUGGCUUACGAUCGUUACUUGGCCAUCUGCCGUCCCUUAGUAUAUGCCACAGUCAUGGGACGAUGUUUCCAGUUCCGGCUUGCCUCAGCCUGCUGGGCAGCUGGCUUUGCAAUCGCUGCCGUGUGCGUGAGCAUCACCUUUCAGCAUCCCUUCUGCGGCCCCUGCUGCAUCGACCAUUUUGUCUGCGAGAUACCGAUGGUGUUGAAACUCUCGUGCGAUGACACACGCGUCACAGAGUUUGCCAUUUUUGGGUUUGCUGGGGUUGUCAUCCUGGGGCCCUUUUCGGUUAUCUUGACCUCUUACGGCCUCAUUCUGUCCUCUGUGUUGCGAAUGCGGUCGGCCACUGGCCUGCGCAAGGCCUUCUCUACAUGCAGUUCUCACUUAGCAGUGGUCACCUUGUUCUAUGGCACCAUCACCUUCGUCUAUAUUAGACCACAGUCAGGAACCUCUCCUGUUAACGAAAAGCAAGUGGCUGUGUUUUACCUUGUGGUCACCCCGCUUCUGAAUCCUCUCAUUUAUACUCUGCGAAACAAGGAUGUCCAUGAGGCGAUGGCCAAGGUGCUGCGAAGAUGGCGCUUGUGA